UCACGCCGUUGCCGGGGAUCGAACCCGGGUCACCCGCGUGACAGGCGGGAAUACUUACCACUAUACUACAACGACUUUUGGUGUUAGGCUCAAGUUUAAGAUAAAGUCCUCGAAGACAGUGAACCAUUCUGCUUCCUGCACAUCCUUGCCUGGCGAUUUGCGAAGUAUCAGCGAAUCGAGUAGGGUUUAUCUCGUUUAGGUUUUUCGCUCUGCUCACUGCAGGAAGCCGCCCGAAAUCCGACUCUCCUCCGAUGGCGAAACCAUCCCGAGGCCGCCGCCCUUCGCCGCCCUCUGGUUCGGCGUCGUCGAGGUCCCGCUCCCGUUCUUCUGGCUCUGAUUCCAGCUCGCGCUCUCGUUCCGUCUCCCGUUCGAGAUCUCCCUCGCGGUCGAGGUCGAUCUCCUCUUCUUCUCCGUCUCGCAGUGCCAGCUCCGGCAGCCGCAGUCCCCGUCCUCCACGAAAGAGCCCUGCCGAGGUAGCUAAACGAGGUCGCAGUCCGCCUGCACAAGUGAAGAAGGCAUCUCCGCCACCAAGGAAAGCCUCUCCAGUUCGCGAGUCUCUUACUCUUCAUGUUGACUCGCUGAGUAGGAAUGUGCAUGUUGGCCAUUUGAGAGAAAUAUUCAGUGUCUAUGGUGAAGUCGCGAAUGUGGAUCUUGCAAUGGACCGGGUUUUUAAUCUUCCUAGAGGAUUUGGAUAUGUGGAGUAUAAGUUCCGAGCAGAUGCCGAGAAGGCUCUGUUAUACAUGGAUGGGGGUCAAAUUGAUGGUAAAAUUGUGCGAGUUCGUUUUACGUUACCUCCACGACAACAGAAGGUUUCACCACCUGCAAAGCCUGUAGCCAGUGCUCCAAAAAGAGAAAUACCAAAAACUGAUGGUGCCAGUGCAGAUGUUGACAAGGAUGGACCAAAACGUCCACGAGAACUCUCGCCAAGAAGAUCUCCUAUUGGUCGAAGAGGCGGAUCUCCUAGACGCCCACCACCGGAUUCACCUCCACCACGCAGGCGUCUUGAUUCUCCUCCUCGUCGCCGCGUGGACUCACCACCUUUUCGUCGGGGGGAGACCCCUCCAAGACGUAGGCCUGCGUCCCCAGGGGCUAAAGGUCGUUCUUCUUCUCCUCCACCAAGGCGAUAUAGGUCCCCUCCAAGGAACUCUCCAAGGAGAGUACGUGGAAGUCCCGUUCGUAGGCGUUCUCCUCUACCUCCGAGAAGGCGGUCACCACCUCCUAGACGUGCCCGAUCUCCUCCAAGGAGGUCUCCACUCCGCAGACGAAGCCGCUCACCAAUUCGUCGGCCUUUGCGCUCGCGAUCUAGAUCGCUCUCUCCUUGGAGAGACCGAGGACCAGCUGCAAGACGUGGAAGGUCAUCAUCUUACUCUGAUUCGCCUAGCCCAGUGCGCAAGGUGCCUCGUAAGAUCUCAAGGAGCCGCAGUCCUAAAAGGCCCUUGAGGGGUAGAAGCAGCAGUAACAGCAGCAGCAGCAGUUCACCGCCUCGAAAGCCGUAGGCUCUUCAUUCUUGCUAGUUUUGUUGCCAUCUUUUCAGGGUUUCGUUCCAUCUAUGGUAAUGAGUUUGGUGCAAUGAUGACUAUCGACUCUCCUUAGCUCUUGUUACUAAUUGGGGACUCGUUAGCUGUGUUACUCUGAUCUGCAUUUUGUAAUCAUGUUUUAUGUUACUCUAAUUGCUAGUUUCUGUUGCUUAUUGGAAUUUGUUAGUUUGUAUUAGAAUCGCGGAUUCAUCUAUUUGUAUACUGUCAUCGUUUUGCUGCUUAUAAGACGUAGCUCCUGAAUUCAUGCUUAUUGCGUUAGUAAUUGCUGCUGGCGUUAUACAUCGCUGAGUCAAGUUUGUAGCUGUAGUUAAACAAGAGAGUGAUAUACUAAUAAUGUGACAUGACAAACUAUUUUUUGCAUAAUCCAUCAAAUUAUUAUUAUAGUCUAUGUGGGUUCAAAAUAUGUGCCUAGCCGCGUUUAGGCGCUAGCCAAUAUCGAAAUGCCUAGUCUAGAGGUUCGACAAUGAGUUAGGUAUCCAAAACAAGAUGAUAAAGUAAGGUGACACUUAGGUGUUGCACAAUCUGAGGCUACUCAUGCUCAUCAUCGAUGAUUUAGUCUAUUAAGAAAUUAUUACCAUAACAGAUUAUGGGCGAUUUUUUGGAAAGUCAUUUUCUUUCGAUUUUGAAUGCUACAAAUAAAAUAUUCGCCCCAAGGCUAUUCUCCGCCAAUGAAAAAGUCUAUUGUUCAUAUUCUCCAUUGAUGAUUAAGUCCACUAAUUGUUGAUUUGGGCAUAUUUUAUUAGGAUGUCAUUUUCGUAAUUUUUAGGGCGGUUAUUCAAAAGGCCAUUAUCCUUGAUUUUGAAAGCUACAUAUCACAGAUUCGCCCUGAGACUAUUCUUCACCGAUGAUUAAGUCUACUAAGCAACGAUUUCAGGGGUUUUUUUUCCGGAUCCAUUUUUAGCAGAUUCCAAAGCGGUACCAUUACAGAUUUUGUGAGAUUUUUCGGAAGGUCACAUGGAUGGCAAAAAUAUUUGAAACCGUGGAUAUCUGCCUGAAUCCAACCUAAUCGGGUAGGCUAAACCCCGAACCCGAAUAAUUUUUAGUGGGUAUGGUAAAAUGCGAAUCCGAUUGUUGCGGGUAAUGGGUGGGCAUGGUUUUCUCACUAUCCAGCCCAAACCUGCCUGAUUAUACACAUGCAUAUGUAUUUUGUUAGAUUAAGGCAAUAUAAGAUAACACCCUGACCCUAAUCGCCUGAGUCAGAUUAAGGCAACAAAAGAAGACGAGACCUUGUGAUCAUAUCUGAUAUCUGAGCACCAUGAAUUCUCACUUAGACUAGGCAAUCGAGUCGGGUAGGGUAAUUUUGGGUUGGAGCCUUGGGUUACGGAUCAGGUCAUGUUGGAUUGGCUGAUUUCUGGUUCAAUAUUGACCCAACCCAUCGGGUUUUGGGUCAAGUUACUGCUCAUUUCGAGUAAUGAUCGCUCUCAGAAACAAUAUCAAACUUGCUUCAUAUUUCAAUGGCUAAAUUACACGUUUGGUCACUUAAAUUAUAUAAAUCUUUCAUGUUUGC